CCGCUGCAAAUGGCUAUGCGGAGUCCUCCGUGGCCGGGAGCGCCUGGCGCGCCUCUUCGCCCGCUCCUCCUCCGGGUAAGAGGCGACGGCGAGUGGGGCUGCUCUCCCGAGGCCAGAGGCAGGAGGAAGGGCAGGGGCCUCGCCACCCACCCGCUCCUCCACCCGCGCCCCACGCGCCUCACGGCCACUCCCAGUGGCUUCCCCGUGUUAUUCCGGAUCGUGGCCCCGGGACCCGGGAGCAUGAAGCGGACUCACCCGGAUUACAGCUCGUCGGACAGCGAGGAGCUCGACGAGCCCAUCGAGGUGGAGAAGGAGAGCGCCGACGAGAAUGGAAAUUUGAGCUCUGCUCCGGGUUCAAUGUCUCCGACCACUACUUCUCAGAUCCUGGCUAGGAAAAGGCGCCGAGGAAUUAUUGAGAAACGACGCAGGGAUCGUAUCAACAACAGCUUAUCUGAGCUGAGGAGGCUAGUGCCUAGUGCUUUUGAAAAACAGGGAUCAGCCAAACUGGAGAAGGCUGAAAUCUUGCAAAUGACUGUGGAUCAUCUAAAAAUGUUGCACACAGCAGGAGGGAAAGGCUAUUUUGAUGCUCAUGCUCUUGCUAUGGACUAUCGGAGUCUAGGUUUUCGAGAGUGCUUGGCCGAAGUAGCCCGCUACCUGAGCAUAAUUGAGGGCCUGGACACCGCUGAUCCUCUCCGCGUCCGCCUUGUGUCUCACCUGAAUAAUUAUGCCUCCCAGCGGGAAGCAGCAAGCAGCACACACCCAGCACUUGGACAGAUCCCGUGGGGCAGUGCCUUUGGACAUCACCCCCACAUCUCCCACUCGUUGCUCCUGCCUCAGAACGGGCACACGGGCACAAAUGGGUCUGCCUCUUCUCCAGAAGGCCACCAUCCCACCAGAAGCUCUGCUCCACAUGCCGAGUCAUCUUCGCUGAGAGCGCCCCCUAAUGGCAGCAUAGGGCCGAUGCUUCCCGUGGUCACGUCUGCUUCUAAACUCUCCCCUCCUUUGCUAUCUUCCAUGGCUUCUUUGUCUGCAUUUCCUUUUUCUUUCAGCUCCUUCCAUCUCCUGUCUCCUAGUGCUCUCAGUCCAUCCACGUCAGUGCAGCCAGCCAACCUUGGCAAACCCUACAGACCUUGGGGGACUGAGAUUGGUGCCUUCUAGCAGGGUGGAGCGGGUUCGCAUGCGUGUAAAUAUCCAGCUGAGCUGGAGCAUUUCCAACUUCAGUCUUGAACUCUCUUAACCCUUUGAUGUAAAAGGUACAAUUUCACUUUUAACAGAGUGUACAGAAAGAGAGACAGAGCAAAAGAGUAUUUUCACUGUUUGUUUUAGCAUAUUUUAAAAACAAAUUCCAGACAUUUAUCGAGAUCUUUACAUCACAAUAGACUAUUACUUUUUUUCAAAUAGAGUUGUGGUGACUGGUUUGUUAUGUUAGUGGUAUUUUUCUCGAGCGACCCAAUUUAUUGAGAAUCUUGGCUUUCUAAAAUAAUAAUAAUAGUAGACUCUUUUAAAAAAAAGAGCAAUGGAGCCUUAACCAUUUUUUUCCCUGUUUUUGUCUUCUUGUGAUUCUGAUGUGUUUUUCAUGGAGGAAAAUCUUUUAAAAACUGUAUUUUCAGUUUUGUGUUUUGGAGCAAAAGCGUUGACAAAUCAGCUGGACCUGCUUUAUAUAAGAGGUGGGAAUACAUAUCCUUUCUGUGACUAGUGCAGUAGUUAAUCUUGAUUUUGCUUCCCUCUCUGUUCUGUAAUGGGAGCAGAUCUGUUUCCUGUGCCAAAUUGAUGUUCUCUGCCAUGGGGAUGGAAAUGCCUGCAAUGAUCACAGAAAGGUGACAAUUAAUGUCCUAAUUCUAGGAGUGUGUUCACGUUUACUCCAGAUUUUGACACACUGGGCUGCAUUUAAGUUUAGCAAUACAGUCCUGUGUCUACUCUGAAGUAAGUCCUGUUGUUUUUAGUAGACCUAUACCUAUGGCCCCUUCCACACAGCUGUAUAAAAUCCACAUUGAACUAGAUUAUAUGGCAGUAUGAACUCAGAUAACCCAGUUCAAAGCAGAUAAUGUGGAUUAUUUGCCUUGAUUAUCUGGGUUAUAUGGCUGUGUGGAAGGGCUUUAAGUACAGGACUGUAACAUAAAUUAACACAACCCCCAUGUAUGUAUAUAGAUCACUGGGAGGUCAGUUGAUCAUCAUUAACUUACCCAUUGGUUUCAUUGGAAACUAUAUUAAACUUAGUUUCAACCUGUUUCCUCUUAUUGUCCUGUACUUCAUUUAGUUUUAAUUUUAGGAUACAUUGUGAGUGAGGGCUACCAGGUUUCAGUCCAGGCAACAGGGGUUGUAUCCAAUCUGAGUUUGAUGUAAUUGGUCCCACUGAAAUCAGUGGGUUUUAAAUUAGGCCAAGACAUAAUUUUUCACAUUACUUUCAAUAAGUAUCUUAUUCGGUUUGUCUCCCAAGUUUUCUACAUCUUUCCUUUUAAACAUACAACAUCAAGUACCUGUCUUCUGCAAAUUCUUGAUUGAACAUGGAAAUGAAAUCUUAUCCACAAGAAUGUGAGAAUGGAGGUGGUUGAAUUAUAUAGGGAGCCCUAUGUGUGGAGGAAGUCAACUUCUUUGCCUCCAGCUUUGUUGGUACAUUUGAAAUGCAUAUUCUGAGGGCUGCAAGUUAGUACUCUUCAGUAAAGCACAAACAUGCACAACUGUUGGAUUCUCAAACAGAUUUUCAUCAUUAUCAUCUCUCUCUCCUACCCUCUCGUUUCCCCUCCAAUAUGCUUCAAAUGGUUCCUGAAUUAUCUUGAAUGGAUUGGGAUCACUCAAGGGCGGAGAGAGAUUCUGCCCCAUCAGAGGUGGACUCAAUUGGAUAUAACCUUUUUUGUAACCAAAAAUAAAAGAUUGUGAAUCACCUUAUAACGUGCCAUUAUUUUCCCAAUUGUGAUCCCCUUUUACAUAAUUAUUUUUUAAUAUUUAGGAUUUUAUCUUGGAGUAAUCCACUACGUGCAACAAAAUGUCUAGGAUAAUGCAAAGGUGAUACCUCGAUUUGGACAGGGUUCUUGUAUAUAUGUUUUGGGCUUGUUUUUGAAAAACGUACUCUAAAGAUGUUCCCAUCAGAUUGUGAUCAGUUUUGUAUUUUGUUUCUAAUAAAAGGAUGAGGACAACAAAA